GAAACAAACCUUUUUUUUAGGAAACCAGAAAGUUUAAUUUGACUCAAAAAGGACAUUACCAGGACAGAAGUUUGAAAAUAAACCAACAUUUAUAUGUAAAUUCUAAGACAAACAUAUCUUUAAAUGUUUAAUUCUAGUUUCACUUUAUGGUGGUCGAUAAUAAAAAAUAGGUAGGCUGUUGUAGCACUUAAAAUAGGAUAUAUUUGGGGGAAGGCAUAUAUAAAUGUGUAUUUUAAGGAUUUAAAGCUCUUUUUUCAUUAAUACGCGCUGAUGUUAAGCCACAUUUCCAAUUAACAGAACAAUCUGCCUAAUUUUGUGUGCUUAUAGCUAAGUUAAAGAUUUAAUUUCGUCAAAAAAGGGCGGUACAUCACAUUUAAUUUUAAGAAAUAUUACCAAGACAAAUUUUAGUUCCCCAGGCAGAUUUUUUUCAGAAUAACAAAGAAAAAACGCCUUGUACUCCUUAAACUUGUAUUGAAAAGGACGUUAGUUUUUUUCAGUCUGUCAGUUAAAUGGUCGCGGGCUCUUUAAGACAGGUGUGUGGUGUUGACAGGUGUAGACAGGAAGUUGCAUUCACGGUCAGACAGACGUCAGUCCGAAACGAAUUGGACUUUCAUCACAGCUCAAAAUGAAAGCAGACGGGAGAUAUUUCGACCGCUACGGAUGAAAUCAUGAAACAACCUUUGCUUCAUGUUUGUUUUCUGCUGGCAGUCUUUUUGUCUGCCAAUGUGCUGGCACAGAACCCGGUGCAGAUCCAGUUCCAGACAGAUCCGGUUCUGACUCAAACUGGAACCGACUCGCUUUUCACUGUGGUGACCACAACCAGCAUCUUCUCCAUGACAUGGAAGUACAAUGGAUUGGAUACUCUGGGAUCCUGGUCUGGAGGAACCUCCAACAUUAACCCUGUGACGCAGUUUCUCGGUCGGGUCACCAUCACCUCCAACCAGCUCCGGAUCGGGUCAACCCAGCUCAGGGAUGCUGGGAACUACUCGGUGGAGGUUACUCCUGUCGGGACCACAGGCCAGACUUCCAACUCCAGAUCAGUUCAGCUGAGGGUGUUUGAGGCGGUUGCCGGGGUGACUUUGUCUAUUCCCUCAGUGACAGUGGAGGGAGGAAAUGUGACUCUGACUUGUGCUUGGACUGCUGGAACAGAAAUUAGCGUCCAGUGGGCCAAAGGAGGCUUAACCAUCACAGCCGACUCCAGGAUCACCAUCUCAGGUGGCUCUCUGGUCAUCAACCCUGUGAAUAGAGACGAUGCCGGGGAGUACAAGUGUACGGCCAGCAACCCUGUCAGCGCUCAGACCGCCACCCGGAGCCUCACCGUCUACUACGGGCCUGACACCCCUGUGCUCACCAAAGACACAAGCAAAAACUGCGUUGGAGGAGGGGACGUGUUAGUGGGAAAGGCGGUGCGUCUCACCUGUACAUCCGUCUCACUCCCUCCUGCCAUCUUCUCAUGGGAAUUCAAUGGAAAUCCAAUAUCCGGUCAGCCGGAUGGCGGGGUGCUCACCAUUCAGACAUACUCAACCAACGAGAGCGGCAAAUAUGCGUGCACGGCCAAGAACAGCAUCACCGGAGGCACGUCCAAACAGACCACUAGCUUGGCUGUUGUAGAUGUAUGUUUAGACGGUGGGGAAGUUGCAGGGAUUGUGAUUGGUUCCUUCCUGCUCCUCGUAAUCAUUGUGCUCCUCAUCGUGCUCCUUAUCUGUCUUGUGCGACGGAAGAGGGUUCAACAAAGACAGAGGGAUAAUAUUUUUAUUCCCAAGACUGAGACGAAUCAAAGGCCCAAUCCACCUGCUACACAACCAAAUGCUAGAGGGGAUUUGGAACCAGGUCCCGAACCCCCCAUUUAUCCUGGGAAUGGCCAGACACGGCGCUCCGUCCCCCUAAACACAAUACAGCCAACAAGCCCACAGAGGAAGACCAAGGCGCUGAGAGAUGUCAACAGACUUCGCUCUUCAAGUGUCCUGCAACAGCAGCUACAAGCAAACAAAGCAGCUGACAGGAGUUAUCCAAAAUUCCACCAAGCAGGACUGACUGCAGAGCUUUGCUUUCAUAAAAGCUGUCAUGCCGUGUGUGUCAGCCGGAAUGAUGCUUUUUUCCUGAAAAAAAUAAACAUGUCUCCCAUGGAGAUGAUAAAAUUUAAGAUUUUAAAGAACCUCCACUCUUAGCUGAAAAGACAAAGCAAAUAUCUCCUUUUGUAAUUGCACCAAUUUGGCUAAAUAAUAUUUAAAUUUAAAAAUAAAAAUGGGUGCCCAAAUUGAAGUACUUAGUAACACACGGUUUCUAGAGCUCACACACAAUGAUGGGUUUAGACUUCUGAAGCUCUGGUCAGAUUUCAAAAUUUGCCUGCAGCGUUCUCACAAACCUUCAGUGAUCAUUUGCUGCACCUUUGAUCUUCUAUUCGUCAGAAAAUUCAAAUAGCACUCACAGUAUUUUGCACAUGUACUGUAUUUCUGCAUGCAAGACUGUGAGUGAUAAUAAAUGAAAUGAGCCUCAACACGAGUUUCGGCAACUGACAGUUAUGAAAAAGGGGGGGGGAGCUAUGGAGUUGGUCUUUGUUCACUUAAAGCUAUUUAUUUAGUGGCUUCUGUUGACAGAUGCCUCUUCUGACACCUCUCAAUUAAGAGGAUUCGCCUCAGCGGUGCUCGGAAAUAACGCUCAGAUCACCAUGAAAGGGAUCCCGUGAAUGGAUGGGUGCUUGUUAAUGAAAAGCUUUCACGCUAAAUGAAUAAAAUGAAGUCUGUGCAUGAAUGAGGCAAAGCUGCAAAAGCAGAAUAUGAGUAUACCAGGUCAUAGACCCAAUGUUGUUGCUUUUUCAGCUGUUUAUUACAUAUUUGAAUAGUUAUGGUUUUUGUAACUCAGGGAAAUACUUGCCACUUGUUUCUUUUAGCCAAGCGGGUAAUGUCCAAUAUUGUUGAUUGUCUAUUUUGCCUGAAAUAACUCAUGUUGUUUAAUCUCCUAACAAAUUAUUUUGCAAAAAGAUAAACAAUUUUUUAUUUUUAUUUUUAUAGAAGUCAGUCCUCAUUUUAAAGCUUCCGCAUGAAUGACUUUGACAUUUUUGCCAGAAAAUCACUGGAAUAUUUCACAGCAUUUCUUGUGCCAUUCAUUGAUUGCUUUCCAUCCUUUGGCAUUAUGUGAAAUACUUUAGGCAGAAUGUUUAACUUUUAUAAUUUGAGAGAUGUUUUAUUGUUUUUUAACGCUCAAUGUUUUCCUUUUAUUCCUGUAAAGUCUAAAUUAUUGGUAAUAAAUGCACAGACAUAUCUGCACAUGCUGCCUAAAAAAACAAUUUUUCAUUUCCCAACAUAAAAUACCUCCUGCAUCAUGUCCAAAUCAAGUGGCUUCGCAAAAACUGCUCAUUUAUUCCACCCCUCCUUUGAUGGCCAGAAUGUUUGCCGGCUGAACAUAUUUCUGCUUGCUGUGUGUAUAGUGCUAAUUAUUCAUGGUGCCUGUGUACACCGGGACGUGUUGACUCUCCUUAGAUAAAUCUGCUCCUUUGGUUUGUUGUGAAGGUGCAGAGUGUGUUUGGAUCUGGGCUCCAUUCAUCUCCCAAUCCCCCUUGCACCCACUUUUACGUCACAUCUGAUGAACAGUCCUGCUGCUCACUAUUGGAGACACUUCACGGUAGUCUAGCACUGUAAUGAGGGGAGAUGGAGUGCGUUUGAGUACCCGUACCAGGAUAGGUUAAAGCACUGACUACAAGUUGCAGAUGAAAGCACUCCAUUUCAUAAAUCACUUCAUAAAGUUGGAAAGUGUUUUUAAAAAAAAGGAGGGCUCUGCAUAUUCGUCUUUGCCUGCUGUCUCUGCUUUGAAGUGUGUUGUUUAUGGCUGAAACAACGCAAAUAAAAUUGCAGGACAUUUUGUAGUGUAAAACACAACCCAGUAAACUCUCUAAAGCUGAUGUGGCACCUUCCUUGAGACAAUUUACAUGCAAAUCUGCCUGUGUUGCCUUAGUGCACUGAUUUACUCUGAUUUACUGUGACCGCAUGAGCAAUUGUAAAUAUUUACACAUCCCUUUGGAGGCAUAAAUUAAAGGAAAACAAUUUUA